AUGUCGUCAGGAUAUCUGGCUCAGUUGGGGGGAACCAUUGGAAAUGAUUACAGGGUGUAUCAAAGCCAGCCAGAAAUUGAAAGGUUAAUAUCCCUUCUUAUCCGGGCGUUUAGAGAUAAAGAUCGUACGUCAGAUGCAGCACAAUUGGUGGACCUUCGACGCCAAUCCCCGCUCAAGGGCCGGAAGCCAGAAAUAUCAAAGUGUGCAAAUAUAGAGACUCAAUUGACCCCUAUCCUCAAUAUCCGGCGCUUGGAAAUGAUGAAUGGCCCCCUUCUCAAGUGCGUUGAUGUAACGAAGAAACCCCAGGGAGACAGUGGCCCUAAUCAUACCAAGCAACGAGGAUCAAUAUAA